AUGGACGUCGUGCUCGACUUUGACGGCACAAUAACCGUCAAGGACAGCAUCCACUGCCUGGGCGAGUUUGGCGUUUCGCACCAACAAAAGCGGCGGCGGCACGACCUGUCCUCGACGUGGGAGCGGAUCGUGUCCGAUUACGUGGCCGACCACAAGACGCACGUUUCGGCCUACUCGCCGGCCGAGGCGGACAGGGUCACGCACCACGACGAGCGCGCGUUCCUCCACAGCCUGCAGAACGUCGACGUCAAGUCGCUCGGGCGCGUCGCCGACUCGAGGAUCUUCGAGGGCUGCACGGCCGACGACCUCUACGGUGCGGGGCAGGAGGCCGUGCGGACCGGAAAGGUCGCCGCGCGCAGCGGGUUUGCCGAGUUUGUGGCCGCCAUGCGCGGCGCCGGCGCCACCCUGUCCAUCUUGUCGGUCAACUGGUCGGCUGCUUUUAUCAAAGGCGUCCUGUCGCAGUGCGGGGACCAUGUCGUGAUUGAUGAUGUCGUCAGCAACGAGAUCACCACGGAUGGAAAGAUCGGCUGCCUUGGAGGAGGGGAUGAAGCGGGCACGCCGAUGAUGACAUCUCUGCACAAGCUCAAGGCUCUCCAGGCGAGAUCCGCGGCAUCUUCUGGCGAGAACCAGGCUAAGCCCAAGACCACGAUAUACUUUGGAGAUUCGACGACGGAUCUGGAGUGCCUGCUAGCUGCCGACAUUGGUAUCGUCAUGGCCAACGAUGAAAACAGCUUACUUUUGCGGGCGCUCUCUCGGCUCGGGUUCGAUACCCCUCAUGCUUUAGAUGUAAGCAGAAGACGAGAACAAAUGCCGACGACCAUGGGUACACGCCGCAGACUGGCAUGGGUUACAAAUUUCACAGAAGUGCUCGAAAGCGGCAUUCUUGAUCCAACGGAAACAUCUGAUGCAUGA